AUGGAAGCGUCUGCUGAGUGUAAGCUUUCGGGCGUACCUUCCUGUGAGUAUUAUCCAGACUGGAAAAAACGUGAAGUUAGCACUGGAACCACUCUCGUGGCUUGCCAGUUCGAUGGUGGCGUCGUCAUCGGUGCCGACUCUCGGACUUCGAGCGGUACUUAUGUUGUAAACCGCGUAACGGAUAAGUUGACACCGCUGACGAAGUACAUAUACUGUUGUCGUUCAGGAUCGGCUGCUGAUACUCAGGCUAUAGCUGAUAUUGUGCGGUACCACCUCGACUUUCACGCAAUAGAAAUGGGCCGCGAACCGACUGUUUUCGAGGCUGCAACAAUCUAUUCUAUACCUGUUGGUGGAAUGCUUAUCAAGCAGCCUGCUGUUAUCGGUGGAUCAGGAAGCACUUACCUUUAUGGCCACUUUGAUUCUGAGCUCAAGCCCAACAUGACAAAGCAAGAGGCCCUUGAAUUUGUCAGCAAGUGUGUUGGUUUGGCGAUAAAUAGGGAUGGAUCCAGUGGAGGGUGCAUUCGACUUGGAAUUAUUUCAUCUGAGGGAGUAGAAAGAAGGCUCAUUAAAGGCAGCGAAGUUCCACUUUUUUCUUAUAAGGAAUAA